AUGUUGCACAUAUCGAUCGUGUCAUUGACUGUUUCCUUGGCUCUGGCACUUGGUGCCAACGCCCAAGCAGCAUUAUACGCUCAGUGUGGUGGUCAAGGCUACUCGGGUCCUACCUCGUGCGUCGCUGGAGCUGUCUGUAAAGUUUGGAACCCGUGCUCAAUGCGUCCCUGGAACAAGUACUGCACCGAUAAAGUACUUCAUCACUUUGUGAGUCACCCUCAACUUCAUACCGAAAGUUCUUGUACUCAUCAAGUUAGUGGUGACUCCUACUCGCAGACGGGAUUCAAUAUCAAUGGCACCAAACCGUCCGCCGAGAAUCCCCUCGGGAACCCCACUUUGCCAGGAUGGACGACGACUGGAGGCUUGAACUGGAUCGGGUUCCUCGUCUCGAAAUAUAAUACGUCCCUGACUCUGUCAUACAAUUUUGCCUAUGGUGGAGCGACGACCAACGCCAGCCUUGUUGCUCCAUUUACCUCUACUGUCCUUAGCUUCAUCGAUCAGGUCACCGAGUUCACCAACAGCAUCGCCUUGAAGCCCUCUUAUGCGCCGUGGACCAGCGAGAAUACUCUCGUGGGCGUCUGGAUGGGCGUGAAUGACGUUGGCAACUCAUACUGGCAGUCCAGUAUUGACGAACUUCUCAUCAAGAUCAUGGAUAGCUACUUUGGGCAGCUGCAAAUUCUCUACAACGCUGGAGUGCGGAACUACGUGCUACUCGGUGUUCCUCCAAUCAACCGCUCCCCACUCAUGCUUUCCCAAGGCACCAGUGCCACUACCGCGGAAGCGGCAGUGAUCGCAAAGUACAACAACCUGAUCGCGACAUAUCUCGCUAACUUCAAGUCCAAGAACAGCGGUGUCACAGCGACAAUCGUGGAUACGCAGGCGCCAUUCAAUAAGGCAUUGGAUAAUCCCACGGCCUAUGGUGCGCCCAAUGCUACCUGCUAUAACAGCGAUGGUACCAGCUGUCUGUGGUUCAAUGACUACCACCCUGGCGUUGCAAUCCAGAACCUCACGGCACAGGCUGUGGCUUCUGCGCUGAAGGGAUCGUUUUUCUAG